AUGGCAACAAGAGGUGUGGCUCCCCCACCCCCCGUCGUGCGGGUCCCACUGCUUGAGCCAACGCCUACAUCCGUCACCGCAGCUCGCUCCCUCUGGGGAAAACCCCCUGCACUGCCUUCGACUGGCAGUAUACUGACCGAUCACUAUCAAACAGCGCACCCUGGCCGCGUGCUUGAGAGUGUUGCUUGCGCCGAAACAGCAAUACUUGACAGCGCCGCACGGAUGGCUCACAUCGAAGAGCUCCUGCGCAGCGUCCAUAAGCACUGUGAUGCUCCGACGAGGGAGACGGCUGCCGUCGCGGGUGCACUACCACAAAGCGAGUGCACAAAAGCAAAAUGCCGAACGCCAAUUGGCACUUCUCUGGAGCAGCGGGAAGACCAGAGACAUCGGGGUAAAGGCCUUCGACCUCCCUCACCACGUCCGCCCCGCCGUGACGAGUCGCCGGCAAAGCCGGGGUGGAAUCGGAGGACUCCAACCCCGCGCAAAAAGCCUGUCGUAAGUGACCCGGUCACAGAGCCACGUCGUGUUACCCGCAGCUCGAGCGCCGAUAAUCCGAGGCGCCCGCAGCAGGAAGGUUUGAAACGUGUUGGAAGUACGGGAUCUGAUGCUCACACUCAAAGAGUGUCGGGCAAGAGUUAUGCCGCGCCUUCAGAGAGUGUGCGAAGGCCCUCGAACCGGUCAGCGCCCUCAAACUCAAGGGCAUCUUCCGUGGUUGUGUCCCUCGCCCGGAAGGCGGAGGGUACGACUACGCUCGAUUCUGUGGGGAGGGAACCAUCAGUCAUCGACUCACGUUUGGAUUUCAUGCAGUCAGCCCUUCGGGAUGCUCAGGAGCGUGCAACGCGGGCGGAAGCUCGAUGUGAGGAGCUAGAGGUAGCUUUCCAUGCACUGAAACUUCAGCACGACGAAGCUACCACGCGGUUGGAGGAGCGUCAGUCCCAGUUGGUUGCGCAAGUUCAGUAUCUUUUACAGUGGGUACGGCAGUUGGAGGAGGCAAUAUUGGUCAAAGGAGAGGUAUUACUAACAAAAACGGAGUGUGUGGACGGAGCUGGCGUGGCUCGUGGUUCACAAAACCGCUGCGUAACAGAAGAAGCCAACUCCGGGUCUCUACUUGCACCGGGUGGUACCCGAGGGAAGCCAGUUCACCAGGAGACAGGCGCAAAAGGCGUGACUCUGCGCGUGCCACCGACUCCACCAAUGGCUCUCAGGCUUCAACACAAGUGA